AUGGGAGGAGUGACGCCGCUCCACAAGCCUCCACACUCCAGAGUACGACAGAAAGCUCUGAAAUGUACUGUACAACUAAAGGUCCAUGCUAUCACCUGUCCGGGGGUCUUUUUACCGUCCCGAGAGGACAUUUACUUGAGUGUCCGAAUGAUGGGACAGUACCACAAAACAAAAUGUGUUCCCUUCGGUUUUCCUCUUCUGAUGCACGAAAAGAUGGUGUUUACAAAGACCUUCACAGGAGCCGUUGACCCUGGUGAUAUAGCUGAUCAUCUGGAGAAUGAUACAACCUGUUUUGAGCUCAUUCAGCUUGUCCCCCCAGAGGGAGAAAUUCUGGCCACUCAUGAAGAGAACACCAGAGACUUCCUCUACCCAGGCCCAAGACUGACUCCCCAAACCCCUGGUUCAGAGAGAGAGAUUCUGAUGAAGAAAUCCGUCUCCUUCCCGGGGAUCUCGCCCAAAGUGGAAUUUUCAACCACAUCUGUUAUUGAGGAGUGUGAUUUGAAAGGUAGCCAGACAACCUUCUCACCAGUUAACUCUUCUCGCACUAAGCCUGGUCUUGUAAAAACAAGAAAGACCAACGCAAAGCCGAGCAAAGUGCCAGCCUGUGGUUACCAGAGGCCCACAGUAGCAUCACAGACCCACUCCCCCUCACCUUACACCUACCGCAGGAUGUGCCAGCUGUCUGAGGAGGCUAGACAGCGCCUGAGCCACCUCCAGCUCGGACCCUACACCUUUAAGAAAGAAACAGAUCCUCAGCCUCCUUUUGUGGUCCCCUGUAGUCCAGGCUCCUCACCGAUUGAAUCCCCCAUGUUUCCUCCAGCUCUUCCAUCUUCACCCAAGACAAACUCCUGGUUCCAGAUGUCUGUGAAUUUUGCUGCAGACCUCACAGAGCCCACACUCUGUGGAAGCUUCAGGGCAAAGCCUUCUAAACCAAGAGGUUCUUCUGUGGAUGUGCAUCAUUUGUCUCCAGGGGCUACGUCCAGGAUUCUUUCUCAAAGAAAAGUUCCUACUGACCACUCCACUCCUCUGUCCAGCAGUCACAUAGACCAGAGUCCGCUGCUGGCACGCUCCUCACUUAGAGAGAGGUUUCACAGCCCCACCAGUCCCUCUCAGUGGGAGCAGAUUCACAGUCGAGUUCAGAGGAUUUUGAGCAGUCACGCCACUCGAAAGCUGUCAUUUGACGAGCAGAGUGAGGAAGGAGAAUCCGAUCAGAAUGCACCUGUUCCCUCCUGCUAUGACUCGCUGUGUGACAGCCAAAUACAAUCUGACAGGGUUAUUCCUGGAGAACCAUCUGUUCAUUUAGAUAACAGAACAUUCUGGACCAACAAAGCAGCCAAAUACACCGGGAGGUUGCACAGAACAGUGUUCGAGGACAGCCUUGGCAAAAUCUAUAAGAACCUGUACAGAAAAGCAUCAAGUCCUGGCCACAGUGAUUCAUAAGGAAUCUGGACAUCAAGACCAGGAUUUGAUUUUAACCCAACUCCUUAUUUCUACACCAUAGCAAAUUGCUUCCUGCAGCCACAAACAUGUUUUACUAAAUAAUCAUGUCAUUUUGGUUGAAGCUGAUUGUGUCAGUGCUGUUUCUAAAUUGAGGAAGAGUUACAGAUACACAGCAGCUUGGCGUACUUGAUUUAUUGGUGAUCCAGUCAGUUACAAAUUUGCAUGCAUUCUUACAAAAUGUGAAAUCUCCUGUCAUGCUCCGUCAUUCACCCAGACUGGUGGCAGAGAAAAAGUUCUUCAGUCAGGGAAAUUAAAACAGACAAAAUCAAUAAAAAGGAUAAAUGUUCAGCUUUUCUUUUCUUUAAUGUUUUACAGUCUUGCUUGUUGGUUUACUGUGCUAACACUCAAAUAUAAAAAUCUGUUGGAAAAUU